CUGAUAUUUUGUGGUGCGAUAACUUGAGGAGUAAGGACAACAAAGUGACACCGAUCAGACCGUUGCUGAAGGUUUCACUGACCUUUAUUUAUGUGAACUUCUAUUACGUACGGACAUUUAUAGUUCGUUUCUAGUCCAGAGACUGAAAAAGGAAGCUUGUUUUUGUCACAGCUAAUUUGGCAGCAGAGCACAUUUCCUGUUUGUUGACAGCGGUUGGUUUCCUAAGGAAGUGUUAUGGCUACUAGCUUGAUAUAGUCGACUGUAAGCCAGGUUUCCCUAAGUCUGUUUUUUUUCGGCUACUUAAACCGUUUUAAAGAUCGUUUUCAAUUAGCUCUGAACAAUGAGGGUUGCAUCCCUCUCGGUGACUCUUGGGUUGAUAUGUUUUGUUUUGAUGGUGUCGCCGCCGUACGGUUCGUCUCAUCCCGUUCUUGAUGAGCCGAACCUGACGUUUAUGGACGAGAUCGAUAGACUUAGGGUCGGGUUCAACUGGCGGAAUCUCACCUGUCCAAUAUGCAAAACCCUGUUCACUAUACUGGAUAUAGCUUUACUGAGUGACAACAACAUGGAGCGAGUGGCGUACGCGAUGGGCGAGGCUUGCAUGCGUCUCCACCUGGCCGACAAGCGCGUCUGCCGCGAGAUCACCGAGCUGUUCAGGGACGACUUCAUCCGGGCACUGCAGCGCUCGCUGCUAUGGCCCUCCGAGGCCUGCGCCCUGCUGGUGGGCUCCUCCUGCGGCCGCUUUGACCUGUACGCGCCCUGGAACAUCACCCUGCCCCAGGUCCCCAAGCCCCCGGUCGUCCCUCCCAGCCCCCCCAAGCCAAGGUCCCCUCAAAACAGGGUACUCUUCAUCACAGACAUCCAUUGGGACCAGGCGUAUGCAGAAGGGAGCAGUGCUGACUGUAAGGACCCCCUGUGUUGCCGUAACGAUUCUGGCUCACCCAGCUGGCGUCAGCGGGAGGCGGGCUACUGGGGUACCUACAGCAAGUGUGACCUGCCACUGCGUACUGUGGAGAACCUUCUGGAGAAUGUUGCCAGAACGGGGCCCUGGGACUGGGUGUACUGGACUGGCGACAUCCCGGCUCACAACGUCUGGUCCCAGACGAGGAAACAGCAGCUCUCUGAGCUGUCGGUUAUCUCCAGGCUCAUACACAAACACCUGGGUCCCCACGUGAAGGUGUACCCCGCAGUGGGGAACCACGAGAGCACCCCGGUCAAUAGCUUCCCCCCGCCCUUCGUCCACGGCAACCGCUCCUCCCGCUGGCUCUAUGACACCAUGGCAGAAGAGUGGGCGCCGUGGCUACCCGAGCCGGCACUAAAGACCCUCAGGCAUGGAGGUUUCUACACGGUGGAGGUCCAACCUGGACUUCGCGUGGUGUCCCUCAACAUGAACUUCUGCGCCAGGGAGAACUACUGGCUGAUGGUGAACUCCACGGACCCAGCCAACCAGCUCCAGUGGCUGGUCCACGUCCUGCAGACCAGCGAGGAGAAGGGAGAGAAGGUCCACAUCAUUGGACACAUCCCUCCUGGGCUCUGUCUGAGUAGCUGGAGCUGGAACUACUAUCAUAUCAUGAACAGGUACGAGAGUACCAUCACGGGGCAGUUCUUCGGUCACACGCACCUGGAUGAGUUCCAGAUGUUUUACGACAAGGCCACCAUGACCCGCGCGGUGGGUGUGGCCUUCAUCGCCCCCAGCGUCACCACCUACAUCAACCUCAACCCAGGCUACCGUGUCUACUUCGUGGACGGCAACUACCCAGGCAGUUCCCGUAUGGUUCUGGACCACGAGACCUACAUCCUGAACCUCACCAACGCCAACCACCCCCCUACCUCCUCCCCCCUGGCCCCAGACCCCAACCCCAAGUGGACCCUGCUGUACCGGGCCUCGGAGGCCUACGGGGUGUCCAGCCUGUUCCCCUCCGACUGGGACGGCCUCCUCCGGACCUUCCAGAGUGACGACCGGGUCUUCCAGCGGUUCUGGUACCUCAGGCACAAGGGCCACGUGUCUGCGCCCUGCAAGGAGACCUGCAAGACGGGCCUCCUGUGUUUCCUGCGCAGCGGGCGCUACGACGAGCUGGAGCAGUGCGACAUCCUGAACGGCUUUGGGGGGGACAUGGUCCGAGCCGUCAGGAAGACCCUCUGCUAGACCGGACCGAACCGGAUCUGUCUGGUCUGGGCUGGUCUUGGACAGCAUCUUCCAAGUUCAAUACGAGCGAAUGCCAUAUCAACCUAAAUUGUGACUCAGUAUUGUGUGUGUGGGUUUCAGCUAUACAGGGCCUCAGCUAUACAGUAAACAACCUCAGGGCCUCAGCUAUCCUAAAAAAAGGAGUAAUAAUCGUGGAAUCCGAAAGACAUUGCGUCUACGUGUAGCUCUACACAGAAGUUACGUCCCAAAAUUGCGUUGUUUAUGACAGAUUGUGCUGCUGUCUGGUUAUAUGUUGGGCCAAUUGCCUUGGAAUACUUGGAUGUUAUGUUUUAAAGUGUGAAAUCCAAAGUCUAAAAUGCUAGCAAGUCUUGUGGUGGGCUGAGGGGGACCAUCAAAGUGCUGUUAGGAUAUUUUUGUUGCUUACAGAGUAAAUGACCGAUGUGAUGGUGCCUUGAUCAAAUGUUUUAUUUUUUUGCCUUUCUUGUGAGGGGUUUGACAUGAACAUGAAAGUGAAAGUGCUAUAUCUGAAUGUCUUCCUGAUUUUUGAAACGGCCCAUAGAGGGUGCUGAAAGAGCCUCCAGACCUCUGGUAUGUGUUUCGAGUAUCAAGCUUCUCCUUAGUCUUUGGGGUCAGGGGUUUCGAUCAACAAAUUACUCUAAUCUUUUGACUUAUCAAACAAUUCAACUACUGGUUUAUCCAAACCGCUUUGGUUCACAGAAAUGCAUCAGUCUAGUAUCUGCACGACUUGUUUAGGUUCAAUCGAUAGGGGUUGACUUGAGAAUGAGUGAGGUGAACAGGCAAGGCACAGCUUGUUUGGACCACAGUAGGAUUGUAGAGAUGUACGAAUGUAUGCUGUGAGUUGUUUGUCACACACUUGUAAGUAUUUCAAGAUUUGUCUAAAAUCAUGUAAAUAAAGAAAUGCUGAAAUUGA